ACGAACGAAACGGUGAUUAAAUAACAAGCCAGUGCCAAGUGCAGCAAGCAGCAGCAGGCAUUCCGUUAUUUUGCCGUCUCCACCUACACCUUCCGAUUGUCACUUUACUUUAAAAUAUUCGGCUGAAAAGUUAAAAAUGUUUUCACUUUCUCGCCACGCACUGCGGCACACACGGAAUUUCGCACUUAUUGCAGCUGCCAAGUGGAGACAUCCCAAUCCAUUAGGAGUAGUCGCUGCAGCUGCAACUGUAGUGCCCAUCGCACGUUGCUUUGCAGACAGCGACGAGGGUAAGACGAAUCCCAGCAAAGCCAACAACAUGGAGAAUAAAAGCGAAAAGGUUACCGUGAACAAAGAGGAGCUGCGCAAACGCCUAACCCCACUGCAGUAUCAGGUUACCCAGGAGGCGGGCACCGAGCGCCCCUACACAGGUUGCUACAACAAGCACUACGAGAAGGGUGUGUAUCAGUGCAUUGUGUGUCAUCAGGAUCUGUUCAGCUCGGACACGAAAUACGAUUCGGGCUGCGGCUGGCCGGCGUUCAAUGAUGUCCUCGACAAGGGAAAGGUAACCCUCCAUCGGGAUGCCAGUAUACCAGUAGUCAUUUCAAAAACGUUAGGCAUGGUGCGCACUGAGGUGCGCUGCUCAAAGUGCUCGGCACACAUGGGCCACGUCUUCGACGAUGGACCACCGCCCAAGCAUCAUCGUUUCUGUAUCAACUCGGCGUCGAUAGAUUUUGUGAGAAAAGCAGCGCCGGCACCAACACCAACAUCGUCCAAGAAAUAAUGCUCGAUCUGUGUAUAGUGUGUAGCGCGAGACCACCUCUGCUCCUCCCCCCCAUAAAAAAAAACAGAAGCUAUCGAAGAUGAUGAAGAAUGAGCCGUCUCUCAAGCAGAAUUAACGUGUUAUAUUAUUACAACCAACAACAACCAGAUACUUAGAUAUUUUAUAGGAGUUUAUUAUGCAACCAACAAAUGUUCGUAAAAACAAUGCUUGGCAAAAGAUAUUGUAUGUAUGUGAGAGGAUAAAUAUUAUAUUUUACGAAAACACAAAAAAGAAAAGGUCUGAUAUACUCGGCAUAACGAUCAGUCUGAAGUUCCUUGGUUUGGUUAAAGUAUGUAUUACAUUUUCGGUUGAAUUUCCCAUCCAUCUUUCACGCGACUCUCUACUGUCUUUCGGUUUCAAUACAAAGUUCAUACAAACAAAAAAAACUAAACGGAAUAAUCAUCUGGCACUCAUCGUACAUAAAGCUUAAACCCAACCCCCCAACAUUCCCAUUUAUCGUAUCGAUCAUAGCUCAAGGUCAGUCGUCGCCUAUAUUUGGGUUAGGGAGCCACCAUUAUGUGUAUGCCGAUAUUAUUUAUUAUAUUUUGACGGUUUGAUUCAUUUGUUGUUUUUGGUUGUUUUUCUUUAUUUUGUUGC